UUUGAUUCUAUCAUUUUUAAAGUUAAAGUGGCUCAUAAUCAUAAUUUGAAUUGAUGAAUGGCACAUGACAUCUCAAGCUCUCUCAAAAACCAAACACCUUCUCACUAUUACCGCAGCAGCCCAGUGCGAGUCACUCUUGCGAAGCUAUGCGGCCAUUCGCUCACUCACAAAAACCAAACAACUCCAUGCCCACACCAUCACCUCUGGCCUACUUUCCACCCACCUUCGCUCAAACCUAUCCACGGCCUAUGCUCUAUGUGGCUACGUCCCCCAUGCGCGUAAACUGUUCGACGAAAUGCCUCACCGAACCUCAUUUUUGUAUAACAUCUUCAUAAGAAUGUACAUACAAAAAGGUGUUCCCUUUGAUGCACUUAGCGUGUUUGUUGAAAUGCUCAGCUCGGGGCAGUGCCGGCCUGAUAACUUUACGUACCCUUUUGUUAUCAAGGCUUGCGGUGACUUGUUGUUGCUUAAUGUGGGGCUUGUAGUUCACGGGAAAACACUGAUGGCUGGGCUUGAUUUGGACACGUUUGUGCAGAACUCUUUGCUGGCAAUGUAUAUGAAUUGUGGUGAGAAGGAGGAGGCGAGACGGGUUUUCGAUGCAAAGUGGGAACGGAGCGUUGUGUCUUGGAAUACAAUGAUUAAUGGGUAUGUUCGGAAUGGGUGUGCAAAGGAGGCUAUGAUGGUUUUUAGUUGGAUGAUGGAUGUGGGUGUUGAGCCUGAUUGUGCCACCGUGGUUUCAGUGUUACCAGCUUGUGGUUACUUGAAGGAUUUGGUAUCGGGAAGAAAGGUUCACGUGUUAGUAGAAGAGAAGGGUUUGGGGAAGAAGAUAGCAGCGAAGAAUGCGUUGGUAGACAUGUAUGCUAAGUGUGGUAGUAUGGAUGAAGCGCGAUUAGUUGUUGAUAAGAUGGGUGAGAGGGAUGUGGUUACAUGGACAACCAUGAUCAAUGGGUACAUUUUGAAUGGUGAUGCAAGAAGUGCUUUGGCACUUUGUCAGCUGAUGCAGUUUGAUGGGGUAAGACCCAAUUCAGUGAGUAUAGCUUCUCUUCUUUCGGCAUGUGGUAGUUUGUGUUCUCUGGAGUAUGGUAGGUGCUUCCACGGGUGGGCAAUAAGGCAAAGAGUUGAGUCUGACGUUAUUGUGGAAACUGCAUUGAUUAACAUGUACGCAAAAUGCAAAAAUAUUUACCUCAGCCUUCGAGUGUUUGCUAAAACUACUAAAAAACGAACAGUCCCUUGGAAUGCAAUUCUUUCUGGGUGUAUUCACAAUGGGCUUGCAAGAGAAGCAAUAGAAUAUUUCAAACAAAUGCUAAUGGAAGCAUUACAACCCAAUGAUGCAACCUUAAAUAGUCUCCUUCCUGCAUAUUCUAUUCUUGCAGAUUUGCAGCAAGCAACAAACAUACACUGUUACCUAGUAAUAUCUGGGUUUCUUUCAAGCACCGAAGUUGCUACUGGUUUGAUAGAUAUAUACUCAAAAUGUGGAAGUUUAGAAUCUGCUCACAAAGUUUUUAGUGGAGUUCCUGAAAAGGAAAAGGACAUUAUCCUAUGGAGUGUAAUAAUAGCUUGUUACGGAGUUCAUGGUCAUGGUGAGAUUGCUGUUUCACUUUUCAAUCAGAUGGUUCAAUCUGGGGUGAAACCAAACGAAGUCACUUUCACCUCUGUUUUGCACGCAUGCAGCCAUGCUGGUUUGGUGGAUAAGGGUUUUAAUUUGUUCAAAUUCAUGCUUGAAAAUCACAAAAUGAGUCCUCGUCCAGAUCACUACACUUGCCUUGUCGAUCUUCUUGGUCGUGCUGGUCGACUGGAUGAAGCUCAUGAUCUAAUCAAGACAAUGCCAUUUAAGCCUAACUAUGCUGUUUGGGGUGCACUGCUCGGUGCUUGUGUGAUACAUGAGAAUGUUGAGCUAGGAAAAGUGGCUGCAAAGUGGCUUUUUGAGCUUGAACCAGAGAACACAGGAAAUUACAUAUUGAUGGCAAAAAUUUAUGCUACAGCAGGAAGGUGGAAAGAUGCCGAGAAUGUGAGACAUAUGAUGAAUGAGAUAGGAUUAAGAAAAACAGCUGCUCACAGUUUGGUUGAGGUCAGAAAUGUGUGAUAUGGGUACAGAUUUUUCGGUUUGAAUGGAUAAAAUAUCUCUGCUAUGACCUAUACCUAAGUAGAGGUUCCAAUCAAAAGCCAAGGUGCUUGCCCAAAUGGAAGUGUUUGAUUAUGAUGACUGAUUGAUACCCUUAAUUGGAAGAUUUUGUUUGAUUGACAGAAGGGAAUCUGUUUUAGAGACUAGGGAAUGCCUUCAUAUAUCACUGCUAUCUAACUUAUGUUGCAAUCAGUUCUAACCAGCGUUGCCAUUGUAUCAAUUACAGUUGGCAUGCAGGUUAA